AUGCCUAUUCAACGUCUCUCAGAGUCUGUGAUCAAUAGGAUCGCAGCUGGGGAAAUCAUCAUCCAACCAGUCAACGCUUUGAAGGAAAUGCUAGAAAACUCCAUUGACGCCGGAGCUUCUUCUAUAGAUAUUGUUGUCAAAGACGGCGGCACCAAAUUGCUCCAAAUCGCUGACAACGGCCAUGGUAUUGCCAAAGAAGACCUACCGUUGCUCUGCGAACGUUUCGCAACUUCGAAGUUGUCCAGGUUUGAGGACCUAGAAUCGAUCCAGACGUACGGAUUUCGUGGGGAGGCACUUGCUUCCAUUUCCCAUAUUGCUCGGUUAUCUGUUGUGACGAAAACAGCCACUUCUGCUGUCGCAUACAAAGCGUUUUAUGCGAAUGGCAAACUUUCAGGACAGAACUUCAAGUCUUCUGCCAACACAGAGCCCAAGCCCGUUGCCGGUAAGGUCGGAACCCAAAUCACAGUAGAAGACCUUUUCUAUAAUCUCCCACAACGUCUUAAGGGUCUCAAGUCGAAAAGUGACGAAUUUUCACGCAUUCUAGACGUAAUUGGCAGAUACGCUAUCCAUUGCAAGGAUGUAGGUUUUAGUUGUAAGAAACACGGAGAACCUUACCAAAUUCUUCUGACGCGUGCCCAGUUACCUAUCAAAGAAAGAAUACGAACGAUAUUUGGCAAUUCAAUCGCUACUGACAUCUUGGAAGUAGAUUUGGAUACGAAUAUUGAAAAGGAAUAUGGCACAGACAAUCUGAAGUACGGCUUGAUUUCAGUCACGGGUGCAAUUACAAACUCCAACUACAACAAUAAGAAACGGAUUCCACCAGUUUUCUUCAUCAAUAAUAGACUUGUGGCGUGUGAACCGUUGAAACGAGCAGUUUCUGGAGUAUAUCAAUUCUUCUUACCCAAAGGCUCGUACCCGUUUAUCUACUUGAGUUUGCAAAUUGAUGCCCAGAAUGUCGAUGUAAAUAUUCACCCUACGAAGCGAGAGGUGAGGUUUUUACAUGAAGAGGAGAUCAUAGAGUUGAUUGUAGAUAAGGUCCAUUUGAUACUUUCUAGCGUAGACACCUCACGAAAGUUCAAGACCCAGACCAUUCUUUCUAAUACCGGCACAGCCAAAAGACCCAUUGAUGAGUUUUCGGCUCUAUCAACACAAUCACAGAAGAAAUAUCGACAGGAGAAUAAACUCGUGCGAGUGGAUAGGCAGCAAACCAAGCUAUCGGCGUUCAUUGCAGGGCAGUCGGAGACAAGUUACAAAGAGAGUAUUCUCAAAGAAACAAAGAGAAAAGAAGACAAAUCCAACGAGCAGAUAGUGGAAGAAUUGGAAGAACUGGAUAAAGAAGUUGAUGAAGCAGAAGAUACAGAGACCACAAAUACGUCAGACAUCGACACAAAGGUCACCACCAACUCCAGAAGAAGAGUGAGGGUCUCUUUGGAUAGUAUUAUUGAAUUGAGGAAACAAGUUAAUGAGGAAGUCCACAGACCACUCACCGACAUAUUGAAUAAUGCCGUUUAUGUUGGCAUAGUAGACGAAGAGAAACGGUUAUGUUGUUUCCAAUACGACGUCAAAUUGUAUCUCUGCGACUACGCUUCACUUCUUCAUGAGUUCUACUAUCAAGUGGCACUUUAUGAAUUCUGCAACUACGGAGAAAUCCUUCUAUCUGAGAGCAUACCGUUGGAGGACAUUCUUUCACCACUCUAUGCAGAAGAAAGAGAGAAGACACUUAUAGACAAAGAUACCAUCAUCGACACCAUAUGGGCCAUGAGGAAUAUGUUUGCCGAAUACUUCAGAAUUGGAUUUGUAGAGAACUCCAAGGGAACAAAGUGUUUACAAUCAUUGCCAAUGUUGGUUAAAGACGUCAAACCUGCAUACCCUAAGUUACCGUACUUUAUCUACAGAUUGGGGAACCGCAUUAACUACAAUGAUGAGAAGGAGUGUCUUGGAGGCAUCAUGAGACAGAUUUCACUUCUUUACGUGCCUGAGCCUAUUUUUAGUGGUUCUAGUGAUCCACCUAGUGAUCCAUCUAGUGAUCCAUCUAAAGCAGAUACAGAGUCUAGUUCUAGCAGCGAGGCUCGACAAUGGCUCGACCACACUUUGGAAGACGUUUUGUUUCCGCAGAUCAAGACUCGGUUUCUUGCACCCAGCCAGCUAAUGAAGGAUGUGGUCCAGAUUGCCGAUCUUCCUGGGUUGUACCGAGUAUUUGAACGGUGCUGAAUUCAUAGAACAACAAAAUAGGCAACUGCUAUGUACAUUGUAUAGAAGUAGAACCGAUAAUUACCU